AUGACCCAGUCGGUGGUCAUACAGGUCGGACAGUGCGGGAACCAGAUCGGCUGCUGUUUCUGGGACCUGGCGCUGAGAGAGCAUGCCGCCGUCAACAAGAAAGGAAUCUAUGAUGAAGCUAUAAGCAGCUUCUUUAGAAAUGUGGAUACCAGAGUGGUUGGUGAUGGUGGCAGUAUUUCCAAGGGAAAAAUUUGUUCUUUAAAAGCACGAGCUGUCUUGAUUGACAUGGAGGAAGGAGUAGUGAAUGAAAUUCUGCAGGGCCCAUUGAGAGAAGUAUUUGAUAGCAAGCAGCUUAUCACUGAUAUUUCUGGCUCAGGGAAUAACUGGGCUGUAGGUCACAAAGUUUUUGGCAGCCUUUACCAAGAACAAAUUUUGGAGAAACUCAGAAAAGCAGCAGAGCAGUGUGAUUGUUUACAGUGUUUCUUCAUAAUCCAUUCCAUGGGAGGAGGCACAGGAUCAGGACUUGGCACGUUUCUUUUAAAAAUGCUUGAGGAUGAAUUCCCUGAAGUAUACAGAUUUGUGACUUCGGUUUGUCCUUCUGGUGAGGAUGAUGUCAUAACCUCACCUUAUAAUACCAUCUUGGCAGUGAAGGAACUUAAUGAGCAUGCGGACUGCGUGUUGCCCAUUGACAACCAAUCUUUAUUUGACAUCAUUAGCAAAAUUGACAUCAUGGUGAAUUCUGGAAAGUUGGGUAAAACUGUGAAACCAAGGAGUCUGGUUACUUCAAGUGCCAGGGCUUUAAAAAAGCACCAGAAGCCCUUUGAUGCAAUGAACAACAUUGUGGCAAAUUUGCUCCUCAACCUCACAAGCUCUGCAAGGUUUGAAGGAUCUCUUAAUAUGGACCUUAAUGAAAUCAGCAUGAAUUUAGUUCCUUUUCCCCAACUUCAUUACCUUGUGUCAAGCCUAACACCUCUUUAUACUCUGGCAGAUGUUAACAUUCCCCCUCGAAGAUUGGAUCAGAUGUUCACAGAUGCUUUUAGCAAAGAUCAUCAGUUAAUUCAGGCCGACCCCAAACAUAAUCUCUACCUCGCUUGUGCCUUAAUGGUAAGAGGAAAUGUUCAGGUUUCGGAUCUUCGCAGAAAUAUUGAAAGAUUAAAACCUUCUCUACAGUUUGUUUCCUGGAAUCAAGAAGGCUGGAAGACCAGCCUGUGUUCAGUACCUCCUGUGGGCCAUUCUCAUUCACUCUUAGCUUUAGCAAAUAACACAUGUGUGAAACCCACCUUUAUGGAACUGAGAGAGAGGUUCAUGAGGCUCUAUAAAAAAAAGGCUCACCUGCAUCACUAUCUGCAAGUUGAAGGAAUGGAGGAAAACUGUUUUACUGAAGCUGUGUCAUCUUUAUCAGCACUCAUCCAAGAAUAUAACCAACUGGAUGUCACAAAAGGCAUGCCUGUCCAAGACUUACCUAGACUAAGCAUAGCUAUGUGA